AUGGAGGCCCAGCAAAGACUAAUGGAGAAUGGACCGGACGCUAGGCGAAUGCGAAAGGCAAUUUUCCGGCGCACUAUUGACUACAACGCAGCUGUAAUAGCCUACCUCAAAGAUCGGAUCUGGCAGCGGACCACUCGAAAACGGCCGGCCAUACAACCAGAUUAUCUGUACAACUUUUUAGUAGUCUUUGUUUUUCCCUUAACUCAUCUUGUAGUUAAACCCGCCUGGGGAAUACCUAGACAGUCCGAUGAAUUGCGUUACUGGCAAGCCAGUGCGCACGUCAACUAAUAAAAACAAAUGUCCAAUCUAUUGUGUCUGCGUAAGCUUUUCUGUCCUUUUUCCAUGAAGUGCCUUUUAGUGGACCCCAGAGGGUCGACGACUGAUAACAGGAGCAUAUAGCGGUGAAUUCACCUUGUGGAACGGCCUUACGUUUAACUUUGAAACCAUUCUCCAAGUAGGCGAUUGUCGUAUGUCUUACUAAAACAUAUUCAUUCAGGCUCAUGAAUCCCAGAUACGCUGCAUGAAAUGGUCUCACAACGACGAUUGGCUCCUGACCGCAGACCACUCAGGAUACGUAAAGUAUUGGCAGGCAAACAUGAACAACGUGGAAAUGUAUCAAGCGCACAAGGAACCAAUCCGCGGCGUCAGGUACGACUUCUGGGUUUCCUGGACCAGUUUCGGCUUGAAAUUUCUCUUCUCACUGCUACGUAACUGUGACUCUGCCGAACUAACUUUUGUACUUUUUGUGGAUAACGCAUCAGUUUUCUGGACCAAUAUGCAGCCCAUAUACUGGCAACUUUGUUUAGAUUCCGAUCACUGCUUUGCAAUAAAGUUCAUUUGUUGGUCAACAUCCGUAGAACUAAUAAAGCUCUUGUCGCUUCAUGUCAUUGUUUGGGGCUUUCACUGAGGGACUGCUGGGUGCACGAUUUUCGUAUACCCGUGGGUUCUGCAUCAUUUCAGACAUACGUUGGCCGUCCAAACUCCAUCCUUAAAAUCUAGCAUCGACAUAGACUCAGUCUAUAAAUCGUCUCAAGGGAUUAUGAUGCCACCUUAGUGACAUACUAUCUGUCAUUCGUACCUUUGUUUACGAACUAAGUUGGUCUUGGUGAUCGUAAAAUUUGACCCGCACAUUUUUAGCGCAUGUUGUGUCUUGCUAUGAUAAUGUUUUGUUAUAGCAUUCACUUUGGAUUUAUUUUUGCUGCUUCUGAAUUAAAAUAAGGCCAAUGUAAAUUAUACUGUCACUAACGCCAGAUAGAUCGGUUUCAUUGGUAAAAUUUUAUGUACCGAACUUGAGUGAGCCAUACUUCGACGUAAUGUAGGGUAUACACGUGAGGGGUGAUCCGGUUUUACUCCUGCCACGACUGAACGUUUUCAUCGGCGCGUUGUGUGGAUGGCCAAAAUGUAUAACUUAUUGACUAUGUGUUUUUCUAAUUGACUGACGUUGCAUGGUUUCGUUGGGCUUUUCGCGUGCCUUGGCGAGUACAUAUUCGAGUGCCGUCUUCUUCACUCUUUAAUGGUAUUGAUAUUAAUGUGCCCUUUAGGGCGUGCAACCUACCGGAAUAUUUUGUAAAGCAAAAUUGUUAUAGAAGCUUAAAUCAUUAAUUUGGUUUACUCGCUAUCACUGGCCGACUGAAAUCAUCUGUUGUUUGCAACUGCAUACCCUUACUCGAGGAAUGAACAACUACGCGGACGACUGCGGACCGUCAUGUUUUAUCAGUAGCACUGAAUAAUUGUGAGACGGGAGGCAUGCUUUAACGGCUUCGGUUGUUAUCUGUUUCAUCCUGUUGACAUGACUUUUGGUGGAUAAUGUCUGACCAUAACUGUUGUGUGGUGUUUAGUAGAGGUGCAUUUUCUAUAGGGACUAAUGUAACUACUGGAUUUCAAAUUUCCACUUAAGUCGCAGCCCUAGCUGGUAUGUAGUGUCUGAGUUCGCCGUCCAUCUAAUUUACUCCAGCGUGUGAAGUAUGGGACUACGCCAGCAUCUGUCCGUCUUGUGACUCAAUCUUCCGUUCCAAUAUUUUCACUUUCGGCAGGAAAUUAUUCUGCAUGCUCCUCUAUGCUAUGGAUGCGCGGCUGUCCUUUCGAUGCUGUUUUAUCUGCCUUCGGAGUGCAGUCAGGGCGCUUAUUGGCGACAUCACUAACGUUAUGAACUUCGUCAAUAAACCAGUGGGAUCCGCUAGGCAUCUUCAAAGUAUCGGCAUAAAUCCAGGUCCUCACUUCUAGUAUUAUGUUGAUGGUAGUUCCUAGAUGUACAUUAUUUUCAUACUGACCCAACUGUGAAACACUCGGCGCCUCGGUGGGAUUCGAACCUACGAGAGUAAUGUGAAGGCUGUAGUACAGCGAACGCUCUAACCACCUGAACUACGAGGCUCGGCUGGACGGCGCGAGUUCAGUCACAUUAGGGUCAAGUUACCCACCCAACCUACUGCAACGUCUGGAAUCCACCAAAUCUGAUACAGUAAGUUGACUGCGCAAGCAGGAUUUCCUAAGUAAUUCACUUAGAAUCCACCAGAUGACUUCCAGGCUCACCAAAGCCCUCACCUUACUUUCUUGAGUUCGAAUCCCACCUAGGACCAAUUUUCUCCCAGUUGGGUCAAUAUGAAUUAUUCAAAAUCUGCCAAAACAUCUAUGAAGUACAUUAUUUUGCCUGGUGCUCUCUUGGGGUAAACAGACUCGUCUAAAAGAACUUGGUAGUUCGUAAGAUCGAAGCAAAGUCGAGAUAGUUGUCGUGCACGUUGUCGCUUAAGCCUGUUUUCACCUGCGGCAAACAAUCAGAGAGCAGAAACGGUCGUUUCGACAAGUUACUCAGCAACUGAUGCCAUUUUUUUGAUGUGAACGCCUUGACAGCCAAGAGUGUCCUCAAAGUCAUGUCCCUUGGUAACUAGUUGGUGUGCAGGGUUGUACUGCUUUGAUUUUUAUACCAGGCCCCUGUUCUGAAUUCUGUGUCGCCACAUGGCCUACUGGACGUGACUCUAUUCUUAACGGUCCUGUUGCUUGUUAACUCACUAUCGGCAACCGAGAUCGCUUCUAGAAAAUACGAACAAUUAUCGGUGGUUUGCACACAUGCAGAUCCCGUAUUUGCACUACCCCAUGAAACAGGAGAGCUUCCGGCAUGCGUUUAAGUAGUCGGGGUUGCAAAAGUCGCCGACAGAGACCAGGAUUCCAGGUCAGUUUAUUUUGAUUAUCUUCCCAAAAAGCAUGAUUGGGAUUGGGGAGGAUCCACUACUUAAGCAGCGUACAUUUUUUCAGCUAAAUAUGUGCCAUUUUGUAUACUUCGCGAACAUCAUUGACACCUGUUUAUGGCUGGCCAUGGGGCCGAGUCACAAAUGACCUCCUAUACUCCACUUCGUUGAUCCAUCAAAGAUCUUUAGGAAUCUGUCGCCUGCUGCUCCCUUGCCACAACAGUUAUUUUUUCGUCCGUCGGGUAGUAGUAUUGUUGGGCUUAUAAGUUUCCUUUGAUUUGGGUGUCUGCCAAACCUAAGAUUCACGCCCUCUAGAUAGUUUCGUUUGCCGUUGAGUAAUCAUCAUUACGUAGUUUCCCCGAAUCCGAGGUACUUUCUUUAUGAAGUUAAUUUCUGAAGCAGUCAGCCCCACCGGUAGGACCAGGGGAAUUGCCCUUUGACAACAGGUUUUGGUAAUACACACAGUUUUAUGUAGUCGACAUGCAGCCGCUCAAGAUGGCAAACACGAGACAAGUAUGCGAAUUAGAUGACCGCGAUUCGCUUUUCAGCCGGCUUCGUUGGGACACAGAUUUGUCUGCAGCUAGGUGUAGGCCUAAACGGCACUCCUUAUAAUGACCGGCUCUUGUUUUGGAUGUUGGCUAUCAGGCUGUUGAAUCCUUCCAUUAGAUGCCUUUUUCUGUCUUCAUCCAGCUUUUCCCCCUUCGACACUAAGUUUGUAACCUGCAGCGACGACUCUACGGUUCGGAUUUGGGACUUCCUGCGUUGUACGGAGGAGCGCGUUCUUCGAGGUUUGUCCAAAGUAUCCCUCCUUUCUUGUCUACUGAGAAUAUUCUCGAGUCCACACAUUUUCCUCUCCUCAACUCACGAGGUCGAUGUGCCGGAUGUUCGCGUCGGGAGAUAGUUAUCUUCUGAAUCCGUGUCCUAUCUCAACUGGCCUUUGUUGCAGUAGCCAUACUUAUGCAUAUUUGAUCUAUAAAAGCCUCCCAAAAGUUGUGACCUGAAAAGUAGUCAACUGGCGGAUUAGAUUGGUCUUUGAAGUCGAAGCCGCGUCAACGAUUGGCCCUACUUAGCAUGGCCAUUGCUACUAUUCAGGCUGAUAGGAAUAUUCGAGUGUCUUUGGUUAGGAAGCGAAGCCAACAGUCGUUGUGGCCCGCAUGCGUUAGGGCUUGUGCUAGGCCGGCUAUUGUGUUAAGUCGCCUUGAGUCAGGCUUCCUAUCCUAAAACGACGCAAAGGGGAAUAGGGGGCGGGGAGGGCAGGUUGGCCUAGAGCGAGUUUCUUCUAUUCUGUCCUACUGGCGAAAUGCCUCCGUUACUCGGAUAGCGAUGGUUGUCGUCGAGCAUAACGGACGGCCCACUGGUGAUUUUUAUUUGUAUUUAGGUCUACUUAGUAGGCCAGAAGUAUUAAAACAACUUCAAUGGAAUUAACAGGAGAAUUUCGGGCUUUUUGCCGUCUUCCAUCGAGAGGACUGAUGUUUGAGAUCGAGCCAAGUUAAUAAUUGGACAAAAUACCCACCAUCAGAACAGGGGGUCGUGUCCUGUUGGCCGCGAUCGGGUGCCUUCAGGAUCACACACGAGUGGCGUCCACCGAUCCACCUUAGUUACAAAAGGGAAUACGGGCGUUCCAUUUGACUUUGAGGACCACGCGGACGCUUUCACUCCGAAACUCCGCUCUGGGCCUCAACUCGCAUUAUACACUAAAGUCACUCAUGACCCUACUUCCUUUGACUGCAGUGCAGAAGCCCGUACGCACAGUGUGCCAGAAACUCCGGGUUUCAAAGGUCUUCUGCGAAUAAAAUUGGAUCAUGGAAACGGGUUUUAAGUGGCUCUCAACAUCCACACUUCCAUUCUUGACAAGUAGUCGUCGUGGGUCAGCUACUCGCACCCUUAGACAAGCCAGUGAACAUAAGUGGGUUAUGCUGGGGCUGUUUUGGUGCUUGCCAGAGACAGUAUACGAAUAUUGGCGGUUUCCCUAGUUCUUGUUAUUCGCAAGCUUUACAAAAUUCGAAUCGGAAGAUGCAUACGGCAACCCCUGAGGAACCCCUAGUGUUUUGAUUCUUAUCAUUAGUGGUCACUUGCCCUACUCUGUGGGUGCAUCCUGCUUUCCUGCUCUUAAGCCUGAUCUUUGUCGUUCUACGCUUUGUCUCAGGCCAUGGAUCAGAUGUCCGGAGCGUUGCCUGGCAUCCCUAUAUGUCCUUAAUUAUGUCCGGAAGUAAGGACGCCCAACAACCAAUCAAACUCUGGGAACCCAAAACUGGCGAGUCAAUUGCCACCCUGUGAGUUAUCCCCAUGUCCCUCCCCGCGCACUGCGAAUUUUUAGAUGAUGUAUUCUCUGCUCUUGGUGCUCUGGAAAUGUAACGAGCAGGCUCUAAUAAUUUGUGCACCCGGCGAACCCAUCCCCUCUGAACAUCAGCCACGCACGUACCCUCUUCAUCCCAGCCGCUUGGCCGUACUGCAGCCGCUGAAUAGGAGGAACCUAAGCGGUUCUUUGCACGUUGGUCCUCGUGUUGAUCUACAGUACCAGGGGUACCUCUAAGGUGUGAUAAAAUGUCGAACAAUUUCUAACCGCCUAUGGACUCCAACAGAUAUCUCCGGCCCCUUUAUCUCCAUUCCCGUUAUUCGUUUAUUCACUUUUUUCCCUGCCAAACUGUACAUGCAUGGGGACCUGCAAGUUGGGACGUCUUCUUGAUGAUGGCGAUACAGUUAAGACUGGCACGCCUUGCAAACGAACCCAUGCAUAUUUGAAUGCACGAUUGUACAGAAAAAAAUUUGUAUUUCAUAGGACUGAAAAAAUCCUUUUCAGUCAUUUCUGUGAUGACAGUAUGAUUUAUGUGAUGAAGGAUGGAAAGUACCUGCGGAACCAACCUGUACACCACCUUCGUCGAUUCCAGGGGGACUUUCGAGUCCGUAAGCUGAUAUUGACUCCGCGAAGUAAUAUUGAAAUCCAAGUUUCCAGAAGGGUCCACAUCGUGGCCUGCCUUAUGGACAAAAAACCGACUUCACAACUCCACAGUGACAAACGGUGUAGAGCAGGGUUGCGUACUUGACCAAACUCUCAUAAUAGAAGCGAAGAGGCGAGCUCCAGGAGGUAGUCGUGGAGGAGACUCGCGGCGCCACUCGGCGGCGUGCGGUGAGCGUCAGAGCCGAAAACCUUGACCGGCAUACAAGCGCAUAGCAGCGGCAUACUUCAACACCUGGCUAGUCGAGCUGUGAUGCACUCGUGAGCUGCCAACUGCGAUAGACAUGUAGUGACCUAGCAAGUACAUCCUAUAAAUACUACAACACCUGGGCAAUCCACUACCCUUAUCUAACUCUGUCUCUAAUGAUGGAUUUGAGUGAGAAUCCGAAACGCCGGGCUAAUAAACCACUUGUUCCAGCAAUCGUCUCUCCUUCUUCGCAAACUCUCAUAAGCUUCAUGUCCUUUGCAAUGCUUAUGAGGACCUAUCGAAGCGGUCUGCUAAGUAUCGACACCAGUUAUAGAACCAACCGGAAACUGUUCAUAAACUGCCCUAUGCCGGACACUACAAAAACUUCAAGGUCUAAGCCACAUCACUCCCCUUUCACCGAAGUGUACAUUAAAUGCCCUAACUGAGGUGGACACACAGCUAAGUCCAGACUUUUUUGUCUUCUGAAACACCAACCGACUCGAAGUGUUAAGUACUCCAAGCCUACGGUAACUAUCAAUGACAAUCACCUCGCAGCUGUGGGCCAGUCUCAAGCAAUAUCAAAACUGACGGCGAAAUUGCAACUCAAAUUUCUAUGACCAGUAUGAUCGGUUGCUUACGGCAAUCAGCCCGGAAUCGCAGCGACAUACCCUGACACUGCUCAUUUACGGAACGGCAAGGCGGAAAUAUCAGCACCAGGCGAGGUGGUUGAAUCGCCUUUACUGGGACUCUCCUUAAAGCGUAAUGAAACUGAAGCGGUAGGAAGGGAUCCCGGGCACUCAGGUCCUGGAUUCAGUUUGUCUGCUCGGCAGCUAUGCCAUGCCGAAACGGAGCAAUCAUGGCUGCCUGAUCUCCUCUUUAAUGCCGAGCGCUGAGGGUGCCCACAGACAAGGUUGAUAAAACGAACCCCAACUGAAUGUUGAAGACUUCCUUCAGAUGGCAAGAAAUCAACCAUGAAUUCCGGAAACAUGCCCAGGACCAGCAAACACGGCAAGAGACCUUAACAAUGGAGUAGCCAUCUUCAAAUUCAACCACAUACUGGAAGCCACGACACAGCAACGACCACACAAAACUGGAGCAUUUCAAACCAACUUCGUCAACAUUCAACUCCUCUCAACAUGCCUUUACUUUCAACUCACCGUCAGGGCAUUUGUCGGCCUUUGCAUCCAUCACAGUUCUCAUGCGAUCACUGCACUUCGCGAAAAAUUACCAUCGCUAUGUAUAUAUAACCAUUCACCCUCAUCAUGAUCGCACGUUCUGGUCCUGGUUCGCCCUGAUUGAAUCCCACUAAAUCCAUCGCAGCGCGUGCUCUGCCAGAACGUAUGACAGCCGCCAAUCCUCCGUGGUCUCCAUAAUAAUUCACACACGUGGUCGUAUUCCUUCCACGCCGACUUGCCUAAUCAGGCAUUGUCCGUGUCCUCAACAUUGAAGUGUAAUGGCUGAAGUUUUCGGUGUAGCAUCCGCUAAACCUCAGUGCACACACAUUGCUUCUCUCUGCCAAUUACAUCAGUAAGUCCUCAACCGUAAACUCGGUGCAAAACUUGCCCACCUGUUCAGCGUCCACCUAUAUUACCAUCAUACGGCAGAAACAUUACUGGCCUGGUCGGCUACCUGCAAAUCCAUCGCAGCAUGACUGGCUUACGGGGAUCAUGAGCCCUGAUCAACGCUCGUCAGAUCCGCCUUGCCCAACCACAUAGGUUCGCAGCUGUCGGCAGCGCAUGAGCUCGGUUGAUCACAUGAGAAUAAACGAAGAAAAUUACUGCCACAUCAACCGCCACUCACUUAAUAAUAGUGAGAGAAAGUAUGACGACGUGGCUUACAGCCGUGGCGCCCACGGUCGCCAGCUGACAAUGUAACUUGAUCCACUUCAGGCUUGAUGGUCAGAUCGCAUUCGGUGUUUCUUAUGGCUCUCACGUACGUCAGGUUCAAGAAUCCCUAAUCGGAGACUCGUUCGUAUAGACUUCGAGGUGCUCACAUGCAUGGCUCACGUAUACAGACUUGUUUGUCGUCAGACAGUGUGUCCCCACCAGUCUCCGGUCGUCUGACAUUCAUGUUGCCUUUUCUUCAUCAUAAAUGACUGCAUGCAAGUCACCACUGAGCCUCUUCCUGGACAGUGUUGGUUGUUUUUGUUUUCGACAGCCGAGCCUCCAACUGACUCUUGGUUUUGUUAGCUAUCAUUUUGUUGAAAAAGGACGCAUUUCUUAUUAGUCUAUUUCUCGAAGAUCGUCUCGUAGUAUUCUGUCCAAACCACCUUUCAUGGUCUUUUCCUGUGUGGAAAUCCCCUAGUAAUCUGGUGGGACUGACAUAUGUGGCCCGCUAAACAGGACAUGGGAAUAGGUAUUCGCCGCGCACGUAAUAAAGGUGAACCUGCGCGUAACCUCGGAAAGAACCAAAUAUUCCCGUGCCCUAACCCCAACAAUGAUCGUAAUAUGAAGCUAAACCGUAGCCCUAAUCUUGACCCUAACCCUACCCUAUGCCUUAACUCUGCAGUUAACACCAACCCCUAUCUUGACCCCAAGCUCGACCUUGACUUACGUUAUCGUUGACUUUAAACCUAAUCCUUAACUUAACCCUAAUCUGAAACCCAACCCUAAUUUCACUGGGAGUUGACUCGAAGCCACCCGUAUUGCAGGCGGUCCCUGUUCUUAUGCGCGGUUUGGGGGGUCAUAUAAGUCAGUCCUACCGGUAAUCCUGUCGAGCUUUGAGUUCCCGGAUUUUUUCCGUUUUACUGCUGUUUUGCAUUCCGGAGCCAGCUAGCGCCCCUUGCUUUACCUGAUUCGCCUCGGCUCCCUGCAAAUUGUACCACUUUUCUGACCUCUUUCCCUUUCUUCUUCCUCCGAUCUAGUUACGUUCACAAAAACACCUGUACAGAUGUCUCUUGGAACCAGAAUGGAAAUUGGUUCCUGACUGCUUCACGAGAUCAUCUGAUCAAGCUUUUUGAUCUUCGCUACAUGAAAACGGAGAUGCAGACCUUCCGUGGACACAAGAGAGAUGUUAUGCGUGUUGCCUGGCAUCCCUGCCAUGAGAGUCUCUUCGCCAGUGGCAGUGCAGAUGGGACCAUUCUCUUUUGGUGUGCGGGGUAUGUGAAAGUGAGGGAGGCCGUCAGUGCCUUUUUGCUGUCGUAUUGUUCUAGCUUUUACUGACUCAGUCCGUCCGCCCUCCCGAAGUUGCAUGAUCAGUCUCACGCCCCACGCUUUCAAUAAAAUACGCUACUUGCUUCAAUUGAUCCCUAGUACGAACUACCUACUCAUUACUUCUUUUUGGGUUUCCAAAAUUCUUUGUUUCCGUAAAGUUACAGGCCAGCUUUAGCCGCUGAUAACAGCUCGUUGAACUUCAUCCACAGGUCUUUGUGGUGACACUUUUUAAAUUCACUUGUAGCAGGAGCUUGCCAACGAUUUUCCUAGUCAAUGACACGAGUAGUCUUACCCUUGAUGGUAGGCUUUUACUCUCGGCCAUGGUUUCCCGAGUCAGCAGAUCCCUCGCCACGCUCUUUUCUCUUGCAUAUCAGGGCAAAAACUAUACCAGUGUCCACGUUUAGUUUCUAUCACGCCUGCAUUGUAAUUCCACUUCAUUUGGGUAUUUGUCUUAAAGAAAGGGCUGAUAAAUUAAACGGCCGAAGAGGUAGCACUAAUGCAUUGCCCAAAACAAAAAAGAAUUUAUUCCGGCAUCCCCAUGGACACUUUGUCACUAAGUCGUUAUCAGCGUCACGCGUUAAGGUUCAUUCUCGUAAAGUUCGUAGCAAUUUGAUGAUUUGGUUCAAGACUAACUUAAAAUACGCCACCUUCCUCGUACUUUUUGCUAUCUGCAAAAGUAGUAAGUUCGGUCCAGAAACAGGGCAUAGAAAUCGUGAGGGCCUCAUUUCCACCUGCGUAGUCUCAUUUGUGGUCUUACUUGCAUCAUCCUCCAUUGUUGUUGGUCAUUUGGUGCUUACAAGAGUCAUCAGUGUUGUUAAGCCAUGAGUUACUAUCCUGCUGUAACACAAAAAGACUGUUUUGAGACAGCUAUUCCAAAAGAUACGUCAAAACUUCUAUGUCAUAUCGUCCAAUAUAAUCGUCCGAACUCGAAGUAAAGCUUCCGGAGUAUUACAUUUAUGCUCGACUCCUCCUUUUUCUAUCAAAAGUCAGCUUCAGCAGAAUCAUAAUGCCCUGUUGAAACCAUUCUUUCAACACUAUAGGCUCGUUUAGGCAAUAAAGUUAGGCUUUUUUAACGUUCCCUUACUGUCAUUUCCGUUAAAAAUACCUGAUAACUGCGGUAGACCGGUUUGCCAUAAGCUUUUGGAUUGUAAUGAUGUUAUACAGAGCAUAGCGACCAGCGUUUUCCCCACUCUUGUCUUUACUGUCCGUCUUACGUUGGCUGUUUUCCUACGCGCUAGAACCGACACAGAAUUGGGCGCUAUCGAUGAUGCUCACGAAAGUAUGAUCUGGAGCUUGGCCUGGCAUCCUCUCGGUCAUAUCCUGGUUUCCGGAGCCAAUGAUUUCGCCACGUAUGUCUUUACACGAAGUCCUUUCCUUCUGCCCUCCCCGGUCAUUCGUUCUGCUGCAGGUUCUUCCUUAUUUUACCAUUCAUGAUUUCCUUCCAAGAGCCUCAAAUGCUCCGCUCUAACUGAUUUCACCUUUUAGCGCACAUGCAGUGUCGCCUUGGUGUCUACCGUUUCCCACAAUGCCCAUCAACAUCUGCCCUCCUAUUAUUUGCCUAUUUCACCUCACUUUCUCAGCAUUGAUCAGACGAUCUGUACGCGCUCCCUCUUCUCCCUUGAAAAUCGCCGUCUUUAAUCCUACCUCAUUAGUAAUUGUUAUGCACAUCUAAGAAUAAUGCCCCGGCCUGCUCCUCUUAAAACACGCACUUGUUUUACACUAACAACUAGUCGAUGCUGACUCUCUGAUUUCCAUGUUUACGUUAGGCACAAGACCGAGACAGCUUACCUCGUUUCCCGAACAGUUCAUUUGUAUUGGUGCUGGCUCUUGUUUUUUUCCAUAGGAAAUUCUGGACGCGAAAUCGUCCGGGAGACAUCCUGAAAGAAAUGCCUGGUACUGGCAACGUCGGCAGCCUGCCGGCCCUCGCCACAGACGGUCUGACCAGUUCGUUUGAACAUACAAAGUCUCAAGGCGACCUUGUCAACGAUGAGAUCGGUGGGAGUCUUGCCCGUGCGCUGGCCGACGCCGCCGGCCGUUUGCCGAUCUUUGAGUCGAACGAAAUAACUCUCCCAAUGCCAACCUUGCCAAUUCCACAAGAGAACAGUGUGGUCACCCCGUCCCAGGCUCAAGUUCACCGAUCCUUCGAGAAUGAGGAGACUGAGGAGCCUCGACGUAUUGAGAUCCCUGGAUUGAAUGAAGGUCCCGUCAGUGAUCUGAACUCCAGCGACACAGAGAUGGACUCCUCUGAGCGCAACAAACUACGUCAAUCACGCUCCAUCCCCAAGGAAUUUGCGGCCAAUUGGGCCAGCAUGCGCGUGAGACCUACAUCUCAUGUGGUUCUUUCUGCCGUUAGUCAAAAUCAGAGCGUUACCAUGGAAGCCGCCUCAACUGGGUCGGUUCAGACUACUGCCGCCACCAUGCCGACAGCUGAUAACGCGACGGCUUCUGAUGUUGUUGCAUCGUUGGCUGAUGAUGAGAAGGGUAGGUCGUCAUCUACCAAUGCACCACUCUUCACGUCGGACAUGCGGCCGAAUCACAGUUCCUCGCAGUCUGUGCCAGCCCCAGGUACAAAGGACGGUCCGGCAUCAAAUGAAGGUAUUCUUACACAUUCUCUGAUGGUAUUUCUUUAUGAAAUUUGUUUUUGCAAAGACUCCCCUGAAUCUUCUCGUUCUCAAAGAUGUAUCGCUUCUCUCCUCACUGUCUCUUCACUCUGGUAGGGCGUGACAGCUAUAAACCAAACUAAUAUUAUUUGGGACGCAAAGGUCUGUUCGGGUUUGCCUGCAAAAUAUUGAAAACUUGAGUUUUGUCCUCUGCACUUUAUAAACAUUCUUAUCAUUGAAUGACGAAAUAUGUUCAGUUCUUUGAAUCAGAUCAGUAGCUAGUCCUUUUGAUGUUGCCGACCCCUUAAAGUGCCGAACUACCUAUAAGUCGGAUCACCUCCUCCCUUCGAGUCCAGUCAGGUGCUCUGCCGCAUUAGAUCACAGUGUUGCUUUAUUUUUUACUUCCAAUGCAUGCCCGGUGUGGUCUGAGCCACUUCUGCUGGGCUAGGAUACAGACCUUUUGUACUCCAAGAAUGAACAGCCUAUUAGUUGAAGCUUGCUGUAAGCAGUGCUGCGCAUUGUCGGAAAUAGAGGCUUCUCGACUUUUACCCAGAAGAAAAAGUUGUUAAACUUUGUGAACUUUGUCAUGCCCCAGUAUUCCGCAACGCCAGGAAGCAAUUAUCUCCUUAACUUUCAAAGCACUUUGUCUUCGGUAAAAAAUUUAAGAGAACCACAUACCGCAGGUUUUAUUUGAUAUCGAGGAAUGUCGCGACCGCUUUUCAGGCGUUUCCUAUUGCUCCAUAUGGAGGGAAAAACGAGUUGUGGUACACGACGGCCUAAAUUGAUGCAGAAAGCCUCGAUGUGAACGGCAAGGUCGUGAUUCAAAAUAUACAGUCUGCGUGAUAACUAAAUGAAGUAACGGCGACGCAAAAAGGGCAAGACUGAGUCUGCGUGAUCCACCUAUUUGCACAAGUUUUUCUUCCAUAUAGGGACUACCCCCAAGCGAUGCAUCAUCCGAGGUGUAGGUGAACAUAUAAGGACUCGGGGGCCUGUUUUGUGUCAGCAAAAUGUCCAUUACCUAGAACGUGCCUUGAGAUAGGGGCGUGGCGCAUUUUCUUCAGACUAAGCGUCUGGAAUACUCCACGAACCAAGGAAACAAUACACUGACCAUUUCGAGGUCGCACUUUGAUGAAGGCUAGUUAAACUCGACUACAUUGAGGAGAUUGCCCAGCCGGCAUCAAGCUGCAACGACCAUCUUCGUUUCCUGUUGUCACUAGGUUGCGACAUGCCAUCUUCAUUUGGCUUUUGACUGUUGGCAUGUUAACAGCUUUUCCGCGGCACCUGUGCUCAUUAUGAAGCACUUCGGCAAUCAUUUUUACUUCUUUUCUCGUGGUGCAGCUUGUCUUGGAUGCGUCUUUUUGACUCCAACGGAUUUCAGUCUUCCUGAGCAGUAUUAAAAAGGGAGUUUCUGGAAUUUUUACGUUUGUACUGAUUUCAGGCACAUGGAUGUGUUCGUAAUCUUAACAAUGAGUAUAAUGAUAAAUAGGAAGCACGGCUGCGUGAGUUUUAAAGUAGUGAAUACCACAUAUUUCACCCAGCUACCGGAUGCAGUUUAGAUAGCUGCAGUGGGACAUUAGAGCAAAUUUUUGAGGCCGUCGGUUUAACACCUCGCAACAGACUGUGCUGCACGAGUACCUUAUUUUCCAAAGUGAAAGUAGGCAUAGUUUUACUUUCUGCGUUGUACCUCCGUUGAUACAUUCGAACUGACAGUCGCCUGGUAGUCGAAAAAUAAACUGUGACUAACGGCCAACCAAGCUUUUUGGCUAGUCUGGGACUGAAACGGCGAAGUACGUUUUUUAGUUGAUACGAGCCCAUUUUGAUAGAUGCCACCAAAAGAUCGCAUCUUUUGUGGCCUUUUCUCAUUAUUUUUAUACGCCUGUCAGCGAUUCUAGCUGCACAAUCUUCUAUUUCAUACGUCCUUCGAUUUUCUGUGUAUGCUCCUGUUUUUACAGGCACACGUACACUGGGUUCGAUGAUGAUUUAGGGGGAAUUGUUUUUUGCAAAUGGGGUCUGCUUGCUCUUGAUUUGCUAAGGGAAAUAAGACCACACACAGACCUUUUGAUCGAAAAUCAACUUGUAAAGACAUCGAGGACAUAUCAUCUAUGACUAAUCUACAUGUUACAGAUAGUGUAACCGAUCACCGUCAUGGAAGUGCUCAUAAGAUGGGCAGAAAAUUCGACACCGCCGCUCGGGAGGAGGAUAUGCUAGCGUUUGCCAACAACUUAAAUAUCAGUACCACUGCCAGCGAGCCACGUUCCAAGCACUCCUCGGCUCAGCCGCCGCUGCACCGAUCACACAAAUCUAAGUCGGGUCCUCUGCCAUCGCAGAUGGGUCACCCCAAUGCUCCUCCGGCCCCACCGUCACAGCAGCCCCCUCCACCGCCGCCAGACCACUGCAUGCCUAGGCCGCGGGUGGACCGAUAUGGCGACGGUGCUCGAUUUCCUGGUCAUACAUCUACCAGCAGGCCUUCAGGCUCCGGGAUGGCCCCUCAGCCACUCCGCGACUACCCGGGCCCUCGACAACCCGAUGACCCCUGGGGAGGGCCCGGUUAUCCGCCGAUGCGGGAUCAUCUCCCACCCGGCAGGGGCGGGCCCUGGCGCAAUGACGGCGGUCACCCGAUGGAGCGCGAUUUCCGCGAUAUACCUCCACGGUCCCCAAUGCCGCCACCAUCUUUUCACGGCCCAGCACAUGACCAGUGGCCUGCCUCUCGGUUUCGAGAAGACCCCGCUGCCGUCUUUCCACCGCCACCUAAACGCCCUGCCCAUGGCCGCCACAUGGGAGGAUCGUCCAGGCAGGAGAACCCCCAGUGUCGGGAGCCAUGGAAUGAUCUGCCACCACCAGCGCCUCCUUCCCACCGAAGCGGGUGGUAG